AUGGACUUAAAAUCAAGUUAUGUUUCACCUUUGAACAAAGCUGUUCUCAAUCGGUAUUUAGCAUUACCUCAACCUGACAACAAGGUUAUGGCUACAUACAUCUGGAUUGAUGGUACCGGAGAGAAUGUCCGAGCUAAGACUCGAACUCUUGAUCAGGAACCAAAGUCACCAGCUGAUAUUCCAUGGUGGAAUUUCGAUGGUUCAUCAACUGGACAAGCUGAAGGUUCAAAUUCCGAUAUCUAUCUCAAACCGGUGUCGAUCUUCAACGAUCCAUUUAUGCUCGUUGGCGAAGAUAAAUGUGGUUAUUUGGAAGAUCGUCGUCCCGCAUCGAACUGUGACCCAUAUGCUGUGACAGAUAUCAUUGUACGAACUGUAUGUCUUAAUGAAAAAGAUACUGAAUCAUAA